UAGAAAUUCUGACAAGCGCCUUUCUGCGCCCCUGCUGGCCCGGUGAGCAGGCACGGCCUCGACAUGCAGAACGACGCCAGCGAGUUCAUGGACCUGUACGUGCCGCAGAAAUGCUCCACGAGUAACCGCAUUAUUGGUGCCAAGGACCAUGCAUCCAUCCGGAUGAACGUGACUGAGGUUGGCAGGGUCACAGGCUGGUUUAAUGGCCAGUUUAAAAUCUAUGCUAUCUGUGGGGCCAUUCGAAGGAUGGGUGAAUCAGGUGACUCUAUUCUCUGAUUGGCUAAGGCUGAUGGAAUUUGUCUCAAUUAACUUUUGACCAGAAGAGAUCAGGGAAUAUUUGUCAUAAAUAAAAGUGAGAAAGUUUAAAAAAAAAAAAAGAAAUUCUGAAAAGCAGAGCCUGGUGGAUCACUGGAGUGUGUUGGCUA